CUGUGAAGGUCUGAAGGACAAAAAUGAAAGAUGUCGUAACCAGCUGAACGUCAAAAGUGCAGUGACAAUACUGACAAAAUAAUACAAGUAUUAUUCAAUUUUCAAUAUUAUGGGCGACGAAAACUUAAAUUCUAGUAAAAAAUGUGAUACCAAUAAGUGUAAUAUCCUUAUUAUUGGAGCCGGCAUGGCUGGCUUGUCUGCCGCCAAUUAUCUUCAUAAAAAUGGCAUGGAAGACUUUAUAAUUUUAGAAGCUAGAAAACGUAUCGGCGGUCGUAUCAUUUCCAUACCUAUGAAAAAUCAGAAUGUAGAGCUGGGAGCCAAUUGGAUUCAUGGAGUUCUAGGUAAUCCAAUUUUUGAAAUAGCAAUGGCUAACAACCUUGUAAAUAUUAUAAACAUACCUAAACCCCAUAAGGUUAUAGCAGCAACAGAGGAUGGGAAGCAGGUACCUUUUGGAGUACUUCACGAGAUACACGAAGCUUAUGUGUGCUUUCUACGGCGAUGCGAGGAGUACUUCCUCUGUCAAUAUUUACCACCUCCAGACAUCCACAGUGUCGGUGAACACAUCAAUUUAGAAGCCACCAUAUAUCUAGAACGUCUACCAUCGUCGGAAGAGAAAAAGUUACGAAGAUUAAUAUUUGAUUGCCUACUGAAAAGAGAAACAUGUAUAUCUGGUUGUAACAGCAUGGAUGAGAUAGAUCUCCUGGAGUUGGGAAGCUACACUGAGCUACAAGGUGGAAAUAUCAUGAUACCAUCAGGCUAUAGCUCUAUAUUAGAACCACUCACAAAAAAUAUUGCUCCUGACAAAAUACUAAAAGAUCAUGCUGUAAAGAAGAUAAUUUGGGAUUCAAAUGAGCAUAGCUCACAGAGACCUCUUGAGGACUUAGGUGAAGAAUCUGAAGACUCUGACCAGACAGUUAUUGAAGACAUUUCUAAAUCAUCAUCUGACAAGACUAUGAAUCCUGGUGAAGGCACAUCCUUCACAGACGUCACACGAAAACCAAAGAAAAAGUUCCCUAACUAUGUUGAAGUAGUAUGUGAGAAUGGAAAAUCUUACUAUGCUAAUCAUGUGAUAUGUACUAUUCCCCUGGGUGUUCUAAAAGACAAUGCUACCAAUUUGUUUGAACCCUCUUUACCGCAAUAUAAGAUGGAAUCACUGGAAAGAUUAUUAUUUAGUACUGUAGAUAAAAUUUUCUUAGAAUAUGAUAGACCAUUUCUAAAUCCUGAAAUCACGGAGAUUAUGUUACUUUGGGAGAAUACAACUACUCCUGAAGAUAUAUCAGAUUCAUGGUAUAAGAAGAUAUACUCAUUUAGCAAAGUAUCAGAAACCCUGUUACUAGGCUGGCUGUCAGGGAAGGAAGCUGAUUAUAUGGAAACACUUUCAAAUGAGGAAAUCUCUACUACUUGCACAAAAAUUCUAAGAAAAUUCCUGAAUGAUCCAUUUAUUCCUGAACCUCAGAAAUGUGUUUGCACAAGUUGGAGGAAGCAGCCAUUUACGAGAGGAUCAUAUACUGCAAUAGGUGUAGGGGCUAGUCAGAGUGAUAUUGAAAGUUUAGCUCAACCCCUGUUCAGAAAUGUACAUGAUAAAAAGCCUGUUCUGCUCUUUGCUGGAGAGCACACACACAGCAACUUCUACUCGACUGCGCAUGGUGCGUAUUUAUCCGGCCAAGCGGCAGCACGGCGGUUACUGGCCCCGGACGAACCUGAAGAGAACUUCCUUGAGUGCCCCGGAUCGGCUGACCUGAGUUCAUGGAUACAAGGAAUACAGCUUGAGGGCUAGUAAUAAUACAAUGGUAUGUAGACAUGCUUCAUAUGCACAGUGCCUAGGUACAAUAUACUCUCAUUGUAUUUAUCCAUUAUACAUAAUUACAUGACAGAGGCUUGGCCCAUUUUACUCGUAAGAAUUGUGAUUUUGUUUAAUACUGCUGUUAUUAGGCAAUAGUUUGCUGUUAUUAUAUAGGUAGAAAUUUUUUCACCAUGAAAAUUUUAGUGGAUUUAUAUUAUUUAUUUCAUGUAUUAAAACUAUGUAAUUUAUUGUAACAAAGUAAAAUUGUAUGUCUGCUCUCUUUAAAGUUCUAAACUUUUGCUUGGGUCUAUUUCUGGAACAUAUAAAAUGGGUUCAGAGAGAAAUAAAACAUUCAUGAAGUCUUUAAAGCCUAGUGGGGCAUUAAUUCAUACGACGAAAUAAAUUAUGGAAAUCAUUUGAAAGAUGGUCUAAAGGUACAAAUGCACAACAUUAAAUAGUGUAUUAUGUAAUUAAAACAGUUGGAUUGAUUAAUCUACGUGUUGUAAUUCAUACACCAAUGCAUAAAUAUUUUUUUUUGGUGACAAGAAAAAGGAUGUUGUCAUGAUUUUAGUUUUAUGUCAAUUUGUUUUUUUAUCAAAUGGUCGCAUAAAUUAUUAAGAAUAAUGAAUAAUUAGUGUACAAUUAAUGAAAUAAAUAUUUAUUGUGAAGCAUGGUUACCGAAAUUUGUUAAGAUAAAUUGCCUCAACUUAAUUUGAUUUCAUACUGAUAACUUUUGGAUAUGGUUGAAAUUACAUUUAAAUCGAAUUAAUUUGUGCUAAACAUUCUGUUCUUGUUAUUCAAUAAUCAUGCUAAGAAGAUCAAGAAGACUCGCCUGAUAUAUUUUCUUCUCCUGUGGAAAAGAACUAUAAAUACCGACGAAUGGCAUAAGAAUAAAGUUCCAAAAAUAUGAUUCAGUUGAGUUCUGCCACCUCACAGCACAGGUCCUUCUUUUUGAGACAUACAUUUAUGUAACCUGUAACUUAUAUGCUAUGUACCUUUCAAUAAGAUCAUUCUUGAACGAUUCUGUCUUUAAGAGCACAGUAAUAGUAAAUAUUAUUACCCUGUUAAGGGUGUUAUUAUUACAUGAUUACACUCGCAAAAAUAUCUUGACUCAAUGUACUGUCAGCAACAAUGGUUUAACUUUAUCAAAUUACGGGGUAUACUGAUUGACCAAAUGCAAGCAUAAAAAUCAAAGUGGUCGCAAUAUUAUGGGCAAUUCCAAUGACUAAUUAGUAAUACUGAACAUAGAAAAAGCAAACUUGGAUUAAGAUAUUUUUUGGUAGUGUAGGUAAUAUAGUUCUCACCAAACUCGAUGGCGGCUCAGAAAUUGCGAGUCGCAAUUAAUUUUUCUCGCACAAGUACCUACGCGCAUUUGGCUCAUGCCCUUCGCGCUCCACCUUAAGUUCAACUUUUUUUUAAAUUGCGCUGCGAGUACCUAGUUUGACGAUAACCAUAUCACCACCAUACCAAAUACACCCUAGUAGAGUAGUUUAAGAGCGCUUUUAACAAGCGGGUAUUCCGCGCGGCAAUCAAUUUUUGAAAGCCAGGCGUAAAUGCCAUUACCUAUUGUAGGCCUAGAAAAACAAAUUUAGACUUUCUGUAGGAUCUCGAUAUCCAUGGCAUAAUUAAUUUUGUUUCAUCCUAGAAGUGUACAUUUCUGUUUCUGAUGUAGGUACCUAUAUCUAUAAUGUAAAAAAAUGGUUUAAUUAGUUGACGUCCCUUGCCGUUAUUCGUGGCUAACGCGUCGUUCUUGUCGACUUUAGCCGAUAAGUUUUAUAAUUCGGCUGUUGUCGAAAGAAUAGGAUUAAAUGAGCUUUACCUUCAAAUAUUAGAACUCUUUUCAAUAUUUUUGUUUAUUAAAGCCCAGUUCUGUUCUAUAUGAAUUAGUUUGCAUUUGAAACAUACCAAUGCAAAACCAAAUUACUGACACAUUAUUAAGAAAAUACUAAACUACACCUGCGCCUUGAAAUAAGUAGUUUUUCUGAAAGGCAGUUCUAACACACAUUUUUUAGCUUUAUGCUAGACCAUUAUUUAGUUGUUCCAUGCGUCUUAGAAAAAGCGCACAAUUAGGAGAUACUUUUGUGCUUAUCUAUCUAUAUAAAUAAAAAUGAAUUGUUGUUCGUUAGUCUGAUUAAAACUCGAGAACGGCUGGGCCGAUUGAGCUGAUUUUGGUUUUAAAAUGUUUGUCGUAGUCCAGGGUAGGUCUAAACGGUGAGCAAAUAAGGAAAAGGCGGUACGAAGUUCGCCUGGUCAGCUAGUUGUGAAUAAAAUUAUACAUGCCUAUCAGUAAAUUUAAAUGUCCAGGAUUCUAGUCCAGCUGGAUUGUAAGAAAUACACAGACCUGAAGAUGGUGUUAACUUGGUAAUUCAUCUUUGUAUAUGUUACUGUAGCCCGCAUAUUGAUCACGUAGUUAAUCUUACAUAGGAAAAUAAGAAUGAUUUUAUCAGACUAUUUACAUUAGAAUUGUGCAUACUAUGCGAGUAAGCAGUGACUGUUGGUAAAUAUUGGUUUUGUUCAUCAACAUUAAGCAUGUCUUUGAGGCAAGUCCUAAGACCAAGUGUGUUCGCACUAUUACCAUUGGGGGAUUUUCACCAUGUAAAUAUAACGAUAACUCUACAUUGAUUGGUACAUCUCAAGUAUUACUGGAAAUUAGGAUUACUUUACAAUGACCUAUAAUCGAAAUUGAAAUGAAAACUUUUUUAAGUUAUUGGAACCAUAUGUUAUCAAACAAAUGAGGCGCAGUUAAGUAGUUUACACAUAUGUAUAUGUAAAUAGACAAAAUGUUAGUGAACUUUGUUCAAAAUGCUGAUGGCUAAUAAACAUGUAGAAUGAAUUUUGUACUAAGAAGUGUUUACUUCUCCUGUGGCCGUCGUUUAGUACUUUUAUCGGUGGUUUAUUCAUUGUUCCUUAAAAUAAUAUAUAAACUGCAGACAAAGUACUCAAAAACCAGCUAUUAGUAUAGUUAAUUUGUGCUAGGUUUUAUUUAUGACGGCAGGUGCAUGCAAGCUAAAUUGUCAGAUUUAAACUGUACCUAGAAUUUGCAUACCUACUUACUAUGUUAUUUAAUGCAUUUCCAGAUUUUAGACUUAUUAAAUAUAAUUAGGUUACAUUAUUCGAUUUUUCUAGUCAAUGCAAUGUUUUUUUUGUAUCGCUUUAAUAAAUCAUCAAAUACACAA